GGCUCUGCGGACGGCCCAGGAUCUGCAGGGAGGGCCAAGGCGGUGGCGCCGGGUCCCCCCAAUCCUCGUCGCCGUCGGUGGCGCCGUGGGGGGCGGAGAGGGGCGCGGGUCCCGGGGAGCAAGCCUGGCCCAUAGUUUCAACGCCCCCCGGCCGGCGGGGAAAGGGUGAGUCUGGGCGUCCGCUCGCGCUUCGAGAAAAGGAAAGACAAAAAGUUUCGGCGGCCAGGGGCUUCCCGGGCGUUUAUCUCGAAACUCUUUUCGCCGACUCCUGCCUGAAAUGUGCCUAGCCCGGUACGUCUCUGUAGUCCCACUUCCUGCUGCGGUUUCCACCUCGAGCUGGGCUCAGCUAAUUUGUUGUGACAGCUGUCGGCAGCCACCCCUCCGCCCCGUGACAUCCCGCGGGUUUUAGAACCGCGGCGCCGCGGGGCACAGGAGCCGGGUCUAGGGCGCGCGGCGCUUUCCUCUGCGGCCGCCGUUUCCUGAAAGGGGCUGCGCGGGUGUGAAGAACUUGCUCAAUGCGCUUUGAAGGCUCGACUGUUCCUCUUUCGGCCGCGGGCUGCGCCGAUGGUCCGGGGCGCCCGGCUUCUCGCCCCCUUCCUUUCUCUCUUUUCCUCUCGGGUCUCUCCGCGCACCCAUCGCAGCCCCGCAGGAGAGGGGUCGUUUCCCUGGUUGCUCUCCUCUCCUGUCCCGAGUGUGUCCCCUUCCCUUCCCUUGGUCAGAAGGGACGGGCUGGCGGCCGGGGAGCUCAGGGAGAAGAGGGCAGGAGCGCAGGCUUCGAGCGUGCGGGAGAUUCCUGGCUUCGCGCUCGGCCCGAGCUGCGGGGCAACCCGGGACCGCACACAGUCACUCAGCGGUGUCCAGGAGUCGCCUGGGCCAGGGUCGCGUCACCCUCCACUCCGCGCCGGCGUGGUAGGGCUUUCGGGAUGAAGGACUCCCGAGGACCCAGGGGGUCCCGAGGCACUGCGGGGCCAGUGCCCCUUUGUUUGCAGAGUCUUGGGCCAGCAAGGAGGGCUCUGCGGGCACCAAGGGAGGACAACAGGUGCCUGCCCCACCCAGGCCUCGUUGGUGGAAGCCCACACGCAUGGUGGCGUCUUUGUGACUACAGGCAACGCUAGAGCACAGGAGGGGUGGGAAAUGGGGGCUCGAGGGCUUCACCCCACAGCAGAGCUCAGAGCCCAACCUAGGCCGUAGGGACCCGCCUGGGGCCUAGAACUUGACGCGGCAGAGACGGAAAGGGCCUCCGAGAAUCUGCCUCUACAGUUGGGAGACAUCUUGGAGAAGUCACCUGGCACCUCUGAGCUUCUGCCCCCCGUAGGUGCAAUGGGAACACACGAAACCUGCGGAGUUCUCACUGUCAGUCACCACCAAACGUGGCCGAGACUCGGUGGGGCGGGACAGUGAGGGUUGAGCCCCAUCCUGGAAUAGGGGCUUUUAGGACAUCCCAGAGCCCGGUAAGAGGGACAGGGAGAGUGGGGCUUGGAAGUUGGUAGCCUCACAUUCAGUGUCCCGCGCACCCUCUUCCCUUUCUUUACCCUCUGGUGGCUCCUGUGACCUCAGCUGCCCCCAGACCCUGUCUCUCUCUCCCUCCCUCAAGCUGAGGUACUGAGGCUGGGCUGUGGCUUGAGCUGCACCUGUGCCCUGGUGGGGAUGGGGGUGGGCCCAGGUCCAUCGCGUUUCUCCUCAUUGCUGGCUUCAGCUCAGCCCUUGGCAGGCCUCCCCUCCCCAAACUGCCAGAGCAAGCUCCGCGGAGACUUGGCCUGCCGCCCCUCCCCAGCCGCCGAGUGGACCCGCCGCUUCUCGGCUUCAAAGGCUGUCUUUGUUUCGCUCCAGCUCAAGCUCGGAGAAACUUAAGCCAACAACCUCAGCCGAGGGGGUGGGGCGGAGUCUGCCGGUUGUUAUUGAGGCUGCUGUUACCAUUAUUGUGGUAAUUGACGCAGUGUUCCCAGUCAGUGACUUUUCAUGAAAGGAAGUGUCACUUCCUUCCCAUCACACCCUGGGUGAGUGGGGCGGGCAGCAGAAAGUGGGGAGGGAAAGAUAGAAGGAAAGAGGUGUGUGCCUCCAGCAGACCCUUAAGCUUGAGAGCUGUGUCACCGUGGACUACUUAGUCACUGCCCCUCUCUGGGCAACAGGAGUCUGUAAGUCCAGUGCGCUCAUCCUGCUGCACCCAGGAGGCUGAUGUUUCCGGAGCACCGGCUCGGCAGUGAGGCGCCUUGGGGAGGGAGCAGGACAGGCAGACUGUGGUUUGUGGGGGAAGCCUCCUUUCUCUUCUCGGUUUCUUCUGCUGAGAACAUUGGGUGCUUUGAGUCUAGCAUGCCCAUCUUGUAGAUGGGGAAACUGAGAUACAGAGCAGUGACCAACUUGAUGAGAAGUGCAGCCAUGAGUUGCUAGAGCCCCUUGGCCUAUCUGUCCUCUUGGUCUACUCUCAUCUGCUUCCAGCCUGAUGUCGGCCAGGGCAGGGGACCAGCUGACUUCCCCACAUCCACCCACUGCCCAGUCCCAUAGCUACCUUCUAGUCCUGGCUAAGCCUCCUGAGACAUUUAAGUUUGUCUUCAGUGACUUUUGCCCACUGCCCCCCACCCCCACUGCCUUCACCUUCCUGCCUUUGCAUAUUUCCCCUUUGCCAGGUUGGCUGAGCCCUGGCUAGAGCUGGCCCCCUACUCUCUCAGGUAACAGGUAGUUUUUUAAAAUGAAUCUCAGUAGGUAUCAACAGGUCUUUCUUCCUCAAGAUUACGGAGAUAACACCCCUUAUUCAAAGAUGGUGGGUCCUCUGGGGCCCCCUGCACCCAGGCCAGGGAAGUUGAUUCACAGGGCAAGGGGGCUGUGCCUCCCAGUGCCCAGCUCUGACCAGCCCCCUCCCAUCCCUGAGCCUGGAUGACUUAGCAGUCAACACAGACCUGCUUUUGUUAGCAGAGUGACAGGGAUGGUGUGCUGGGAAACUGGGCAUCUACUUGGGGAAAGGGGGUAAGUUUGUAUCCUCUGAACCUAGAUAAGGAACUUGAGGUCUCCCUGCUCCCAUUAGAAAGAAAAAAAGCUUUGAAACUCAGGGAUCAGCAUCUCUCAGGAGUCACACUACCCUAGUUCUGAAUCCCAGCUCUGCCAUGGAUAAGCUGUGUGGCUUCAGGCAAGUUACUGAACCUCUCUGAGCUUCAGGCAUUAUAUCUAUUAUAUGUGGAUGGCUGGAAGAUUCAACAAAGCAGUGUUGUAUGAGAUGCCUAGCCUAUGCCAGCCAGGGCACUGAUUUGAGUCGGUGGAGCAUGUAACUUGAGAACAAGUAGAUCUAUGGGAGCAUCCUCUACUGGAGAGAGUGACAGACUAACCUCUUCACUCCUGUAGUUUUAGGGACUGGGAGUUGAGCUUAACGCAGACUGGAGUCAUGGAAUUGGAAAGAAAUCAGACUCAUAACACAGUAAGAGCCUCAGGCAAUCCUCCUGCCCAGCACCCUGCCACACCCUCUCUCUGCGAAGUGAGGGACUGGGUCACUAAGAGCCCAGGCACAUCUUCUGGUACAGCCACCUCGCCUGCCUACACUCUCUUCCCAGCAGUGAAAUGAGGAAAUCACAGGGGCUUGUGGAGUGAACUCCUACCAUUAUCAGGGCUUUUCUAACACCAUUUUCUAGCUGCACAAAAGUCAAGGAACAAACUAGGAAUAACCUCACCAGGAAAGCACAGGGGCUCUUUAAGAAGGAGCUUCUGAGGACUGCAGAGGGAAACCUGAAUUAUGGAGACAUAUGCUCCUGAAAAUAAAUAUGCAAUAUUGUAAAGGGAUUAUUUCUCCUCAGAGUAGUUUCUAAAUUUAAAUGCAAUCAAAGCCCCAGUAGUGGGGUUUGUUUGUGUUUUUGUUUUGGAGAUGGAGUCUCACUCUGUUGCCCGGGCUGGAGUGCAGUGGCCUGAUCUCAGCUCACCGCAACCGCCACCUCCUGGGUUCAAGCAAUUCUCCUGCCUCAGCCUCUUGAGUACCUGGGAUUACAGGCUUGUGCCACAUGCCCAUCUAAUUUUUGUAUUUUUAGUGGAGAUGGGGUUUCACCGCAUUGGCCAACCUGGUCUCAAACUCCUGAUCUCAAGUGAUCUGCCUGCCUCGGCCUCCCAAAGUGCCAGGAUUACAGGAGUGAGCCACCACACCUGCCCAGCCCCCGCUUUAAAAAAAAAAAGAGAGAAUGUAACAGAAUUAUUCCAAAGUUUAGAUGGAAUAUUUUUAAAGGACAAGUAAUAAUAUUGGGCAACUUGCCCUCUAGAUAGUAAGUUGUUUUAUAAAGCUACAUAAAUUAAAACAGUGUGCACAGGUCCUAGCAUUCCACAGUGGAUGAAACAGAAUAGAAAGUCCAGAAGUAGUCCCAGAUGUGUUCUUAUAAACAUUGAUGUUGUGAGGAAAGUAGCGUUUCACACCAUUGGGGGAGAAGGCCAUCAAGCCAGUGGGGGGGGGAAUAUGGCUAGGAUCCCUAUCUCCUCUAAACCAGAAUAGAUUCCAGAUGUGUUACAAGUAAGUAAUGAGACAAUAAUCACCAUCAUCAUCAUCAUCAUCAUCAUUGCUUGCUGGAUGGAGAAAGUUGAAGAUGACAUUCUUAUGGGGAGCAGUUUUCUUUUUUGCGUUUGAUCCCCACUCUGUUACACAUAAAACAUGCAAGGCAUUGUGCCAGGAAGGGAUCUGCACACACAGGCUUGGAGCAAGACAAUAGUGUGGUGGGUCAUGGCAGCAGCAGCAGCAGUGAUUGGGGCAGUGGUUUCUCCUACCUCUGCUGGCUGAGUGGGGCUGGGAGAUAGGGCCUUCAGCUCCGUAAGUCUUUUACCUCCUCUGCAGAGCCAGGAGAGGGCCCACCCCACCGCACAGGUCCUACCUGCCUGGCUCCCAGCUCUCUACCUCCCAAGGCAGGACCUGCUUGGCCCAAUAUCUAUGGCAGUGGGUUUCAAGCUUUUUUUUUUUUUUAAUAGCAGAACCCCUUUUACAAAUGCAGCCCUGAUCUGUGAAUGAUCAGGAAAGGGGAGGGAUUAGGGACAAGACAGAGGGCACCCUGGAGACCAAGCAGGGAGAGGACUCUACGUUCUCACUCAUCUAAUGCUGCAGAAGUUGGGGCCCAAACGCCUGCAACCCAGAGGGCCCUGGCAGGACAGAGCACUAACCCUGAGAAUGGAGACUGAGUUCAUCUGGGGACCUGGCUGGACACAGAGAUAGAAUGUUUCCCUUUGUGGCUAAAGGCGGCAGCUAUAAUCCCUUUCCCAUCUGGGGUUAAACAGCUUGAGUUGGUGACCUCCUUUCCAGGUAACACGAGCAGCCGACUCCAGGAGAUUUUCCUCAAGUGUGGUCCAGGCAGAGCUCACGAACCACAUAGAAGGGACUAGGGCCCCUCUGGCCCCGUGGCUUGCAACUGGGAUGCCCUAGGGAGCUUUAAACCGUGCUGCCCCACCUUGGACCUUAAAUCAGACUUUGGGAAUGGGGCCCAUGCAUAAAGAUCUUUAAAAAUGAUCCUCCACCGUGGUGGUUCAUGCCUAUAAUCCCAGCACUUUGGGACUCCGAGUCAGGUGGAUCAUGAGGUCAAGAGUUCGAGACCAGCUUGGCCAACACAGUGAAACCCCGCCUCUGCUAAAAAUACAAAAAUUAGCUGGGCUUGGUGGUUCGUGCCUGUAGUCCCAGCUACUUGAGAGGCUGAGGCAGGAGAAUCGCUUGAACCCGGGAGGUGGAGGUUGCAGUGAGCCGAGAUGGCACAACUGCACUCCGGCCUGAGUGACAGAGCAAGACUCCGUCUCAGGGGGGAAAAAAAAUAGUAAUAAAAGUGUUCCUCCAAGUGAUUCUGAUGGGCCCUGUCUAACCACCGUAUAUUUCUCCCAAGGGGCAGCAACUUGCCAGGGUCACAUAGGAAGUCUGUAACUGAGAAGCCCCUGUCACACCAAGGAAGAUAUGGAGAGAGUCCUUCAGUGCUGAGGAUCUGGGGUGGCAGGAAUGAGGGGAGGGAUGUGUGAGCUGAGAGUGGUAGGCAGGGGGAGAAGAGCCAGUGGAGGAGGUGCUCCUAGACCUGGAAUACUUCAGGAAUUCACGAUAGCUAGCAAAAAACUCGAGGAUCUUCCUCUCCCAUUUCCCAGCAGGGAAGACUGAGUCACAGAGUCACAGAGGACUUGGAAAGGCAUCAGUCUGAUGGGUCACUUGUUAGUAGCUAGGAUUUCUGGAGACCGGUGUGUCAGAAGCCAGCCCAAGAGGGAGGGCCUGGUCUCCUUCUCUUUGCCAAGCCUUAGGAUUGGUUUCUCUCCAGGCUUACUUGGACUCUUCCUGAGUCCGGCUUUGCCAAUGUUGGUAACCACAGCGGCCACUGGGCCAGAAUCAGACCUUGAUUUGAAUCCUGGUGCCCCAGAGAGGCAAGUGACUUAACCAAAACCAUUAUGGCUUCAGAUAUCCCCUCUUUAAAAUGGAAUUCCUCUAGGACUGAGGGAGAAAAUGUACAAGCACACCUUGCUCUUUUGUGCUUUGCUUUAUUGUACUUCACAGAUACUCCUUUUUUUACUCAUUGAAGAUUUGUGGCAACCCUGCAUCAAACGAGUCUAUCGAUGCCAUUUUUUUCAACAGCAUGUGCUCACUUUGUGUCUCAAUGUCACAUUUUGGUGACUCUUACAACAUUUCACACUUUUUCAUUAUUAUUAUUAUUAUUAUUAUUAUUUUUUUUUUUGAGACGGAGUUUCACUCUUGUUACCCAGGCUGGAGUGCAAUGGCGCAAUCUCAGCUCACCGCAACCUCUGCCUCCUGGGUUCAGGCAAUUCUCCUGCCUCAGCCUCCUGAGUAUCUGGGAUUACAGGCACGUGCCACCAUGACCAGCUAAUUUUUUGUAUUUUUAGUAGAGACGGGGUUUCACCAGGUUGACCAAGAUGGUCUCGAUCUUUUGACCUCGUGAUCCUCCCGCCUCGGCCUCCCAAAGUGCUGGGAUUACAGGCUUGAGCCACUGCGCCCGGCCACUUUUUCAUUAUUAUUAUAUCUGUUAUGGUGAUCAGUGAUCUUUCAUGACUGUUGUCAUUGUUUUGGGGUACCAUGAACUCCACCCAUAAAGUGAACGAAAUUGCUAAAUGUAGUUUGUUCCACCUGCUUCAGCGACCAGCCAUUCCCCAUCUCUAUUCCUCUUUCUCUUCUGUGGCCUCCCCAUUGCCUAAGGCACAACAGUAUUGAAACUGGGUCAAUUAACAAUCCUACAAUGGCCUCUAGGUGUUAAAAUGAAAGGAAGAGUUACAGGUCUUUAUCUUUAAAUAAAAAACUGGAAACGAUUAAGCUUAGUGAGGAAGGCGGGUCAAAAGCCCAGAUAAGCUGAAAGCUAGGCCUCUUACACCAGUUUGCCAAGUUGUGAAUGCCAAGGAAAAGUUAUUGAAGGAAAUCAGAAGUGCUAUUCCAGUGAACACACACGGUAAGAAAGUGAAACAGCCUUAUUGCUGAUAAUGGAGAAAGUUUGAGAGGUCUGGAUAUAAGCCGUAACAUUCUCUAAAGCCAAAGCCUAAUCCUGACCAAGGCUCCAAAUCUCCAAUUCUGUGAAGGCUGAGAGAGGUGCAGAAGAAAAGUUGGAAGCUAGCAGAGAUUGAUUCAUGAGAUUUAAGGAAAGAUGCUAUCUCCCAUCACAUAAAAGUGCAAGGUGAAGCAACCAGUGCUGAUGUAGAAGCUGCAGCAAUUUAUCCAGAAGAUCCAGCUAAGAUCGUUGAUGAAGGUGGCCAUGCUAACCACAGAUUUUCCAUGUAGAUGAAAUAGCUUUGUAUCAGAAGAUGUCAUCUAGGACUUUCAUAGCUAAGGAGAAGUCAACGCUUGGCUUCAAAAGAUUGGCUGACUCUCUUGUUAGGGGCUAAUGCAGCUGGUGGCUUUAAGUUACUCAUUUAUCAUUCCAAAAACCCUAGAGCCUUGAAGAAUUAUGCUAAAUCUACUCAGCCUGUGAUAAAGAUGUAAUAACAAAGCCCAGAUGAUAGCACAUUUGUUUAUGGCAUGGUUUACUAAGUAUUUUAAGCUUACUGUUGAAACCUACCACUCAGAAAAAACAUUCCUUUCAAAAUAUUGCUGCUCAUUGACAAGGCGACUGGUCACCCAAGAGCUGUGAUGAAAUGUGCAAGGAGAUACAUGUUUUCAUGCCUGCAAGCACAGCAUCCAUUCUGCAGCCAAGGAUCAAGAAGUAAUUUCAAGUUUCAAGUCUUACUAUUGAAGAAAUACAUUUUGUAAGGCUAUAGCUGCCAUAAAUAGUGAUUCCUCUGAUGGAUAUGGGCAAAGUACAUUGAAAACCUCUGGAGAGCAUUUAAGGAACAUUUGUGAUUUGUGGGAGGUCAAAAUAUCCAAGCAUUUGGAAGAAGGUGAUUCCAGUCUUCAUGGAUGACUUCAGGGGGUUCAAGACUUGAGUGGAGAACUCACUGCAGAUGUGGUAGAACAAGCAAGAGAACUAGAGUUAGAAGUACAGCUUGAGGAUGAGACUGAAUUUCCGCAAUCUCAUGAUCAAACUUGUAUGGAUGAAGAGUUGCUUUUAUGGAUGGGCAAAGAAAGUGGCUUUUUUUUUUUUUUUUAUACAGAGUCUUGCUUCAUCACCCAGGCUAGAGUGCAGUGGUGCAAUCUCAGCUCACUACAGCCUCCACCUCCUGGGUUCAAGGGAUUCUCCUGCCUCAGCCUCCCAAGUAGCUGGGACUACUGGCACCUGCCACCAUACCCGGCCAAUUAUUGUGUUUUUAGUAGAGACAGGGUUUUGCCAUGUUGGCCUGUCUGGUCUCAAACUCCUAACCUCAGGUUAUCUACCCACCUUGGCCUCCCAAAGUGCUGGCUGGGAUUACAGGCAUGAGCCACCGUGCUCAUCCUAAAGUGGCUUCUUGAGGUGGAAUCUACUCCUGGCAAAGAUGCUGUGAACAUUGUCAAAAUGACAACAAAGGGUUUAGAAUGUUACAUAAACUUAAUUGAUAAAGCAGCAGCAGGGUUUUAGAGGAUGGACGUCAGUUUUGAAAGAAGUUUUGCUAUGGAUAAAAUGCUGUCAAGCAGCAUCACAUGCCACAGAGAAAUCCUUCAUGAAAGGAAGAGUUGCCGGGUGCAGUGGCUCAUGCCUGUAAUCCCAGCACUUUGGGAGGCCGAGUUGGGUGGAUCAUGAGGUCAGGAGUUCGAGACCAGCCUGGCCAAUAUGGUGAAACCCCGUCUCAACUAAAAAUACAAAAAUUACCUGUGUGGUGGCAUAUGCCUGUAGUCCCACCUAUUUUGGAAGCUGAGGCAGAAGAAUCGCUUGAACCAGGGAGGCAGAGGUUGCCCUGAGCCAAGGUCACAACACUGCACUCCAGUCUGGGCAAAAGACCGAGACUCAGUCUCAAAAAAAAAAAAAAUGGUGAAGGGGGGAAGAGUUAAUGAAUAUGGCAGAUUUCACUGUCAUCUUAUUUUUAAGAAAUUGCCACAGUCACCCCAGCCCCAGACACCAUCACCCUGAUCAGUCAGCAACCAUCAACAUGGAGGCAAGACAUGAACACCUAUCGAAGUGGGACCACUCAGUGGCCAAGUCUUCUACCCCGUGCCUCUGAGUACUACUGGCCCCUGGUUCAUGCUAGUAUGGGUUUCUUGUUCCCAAGGAGAUUCUUUUUCUCUCUGGGAUGGAAGGGAAAUCUCACAGAUUCCCAACAAUAAGGAUUUUCUGGGCUGAAGUGAACCAAGAGUACAGGACAGUUCAUACUCAAUUAACAAAAGGACAGAAAGAAAAGGUUGUCAGACAUGGGUUCCUGGUCUGGUAUCUGCUGCCAGCCUGCCAUGUGGCCUGAGGCAGUUUCCAAUGCUUGUGUUUUUUGCAGUGGUGGAGGUGUUGCAUUUUUGAAACCAUCAGCACAUGGUGGCUCUUAGUAAAAUAGAGGCCAUGGCUUCUCCUGCCCACUACUCAGGGUUGGUGUGAGCCUUGCUCAUUCCAGCUUGGCACCUGCCGUGUGGGGCAUGGGAAGCCUCACUGAGCUAUCAAGGAGCCCUGGGAGCCACAGGCAGCUAAGCCAGGAUGCCAGGAUAACUGUGAGUAGCCGAGGGCAAUGGAGGAGAUGUCUGUGGCCAGGGGCCGGAGGAGGCCACCUAGAGAAAGACACUUGUCAGCAGAGACCUGAGGGGCCACCAGGACUCCUGCAGGUGAGGGGAACAUGUGGCCUAAUUAGAGCAGUUAGAACUCUGCAGAUUCUCAGGGAAAGGUCAGAUGUUCCCUAGUAUGCCUGGAGGAACUACUACCCAGGGACCCCCUGUGGUGCCUUGAGGCCACAUCCAUGGGAUCCUUUAGCUCUCCAGUGAGGCUGAGUUGCUUCGGAACUCUGUGUCUGAGCAUGGUUUUUGGAGACAGGAUUUCCCCAAGCACCACAGCCCAACCCCAGCCUCCUCUGACUUGACCUCAAGGUGGUUUUGCGUUUCCUUCAAAGAUGUGGGGAGAUAGCUGGAGCAGAGGAAAGAAAAGGGGUGUGGAGCGGAUGCAGUGGGUUGGGGAGUGGCGAGGGGUGUGUGUGUGUGUGUGUGUGUGUGUGUGUGUGCGUGUGCGUGCCCAUGUGUGCAGGAUAGCCUGUGUGCAGCUAGGGACAUGCCCCUUCCCACCCCCGGCCAAUUCUUUUUUUUUUUUUUUUUUUAAAUAGAGACAGGGUCUCUAUGUUAGCCAGGCAGGUCUCGAACUCCUGACCUCAGGCAAUGGCCUGCUUGGGCCCCCCAGAGUGCUGGGAUCACAGGUGUUAGCCCCUGCACCACCAGCACCCUCUGGCAACUCUGAUUGGACUUGGGGAGAUUGCUGUUCCUCCCUGCCUGCAUCUCAUGUGCUCUCUCCCCACCUCUUCCUCCUUCCUUCCCUCUUCCCUCUCUCC